GGGGGAGAGGGUGGAGGAGAUGGUCAGGAGGGUGGCAAGAGUAGAGGAGACGCUUCACCAUGGAAUAUGAAGUCAAGAAAGGGAAAAAGGGCUUUGUAUCCCCCAUCCGGAGGCUGGUGUUCCCCAAGGCUGGGCGCCGGGCUGCCUUUCGGACCAGUGUGAGUCGCCGGCCCCUGCACUCGAUGCCCCUUUACCCCCCUGACUACCUCAUCGACCCUCAGAUUCUGCUGUGUGACUAUCUGGAGAAAGAGGUCAAGUUCCUGGGCCACCUCACCUGGGUUACCUCCUCACUGAACCCCUCCAGCCGCGACGAGCUCCUGCAGCUGCUGGACACGGCCAGGCAGUUGAAGGAGCUGCCGCUGAAGACCACAGCGGAGCAGGACAGUAUCCUGAGCCUGUCGGCCCGCUGCCUGCUGCUCACCUGGCGCGACAACGAGGAGCUAAUCCUGCGUAUCCCCACGCACGAGAUCGCCGCCGCCUCCUACCUGCAGGACGACGCGCUGCACCUGCUGGUGCUUAAGACCGGUCUGGGCGUGGACCCGGUGCCAGCCGGCGUAGACGCCAGCCCCGGCG